UAUUUCCAGAAUCAUCAUCGACAUGAUCUUCAUUAGCAUUAUCAUCAUCAUGCUGCCAUUAUUGAGGAAAUAAUGAUAUUUUGAAUCAGAUCACUAAGAAUAAUGAGAAAUCAGCAAUCAGUCUGAAUCAAUCCUAUAACUCAAUUAGCAGUUCAAUAAGCAAAGUUGACGGAAAAGGUGGGAAAACCCGGUUUGAGAAGUAUGCCAGCUCGCCCCUACUAAACAGGCUUAUGUUAGGGGGCACUCCGCGAAUAGAGACACCAGUUGAGAUAGACUUAGAGGACCCUGGUCAGUAUGGUUUACUAGAUGAUCCAGGUGUAAUCUCCUUUCCCUUCAGUGACUAUCCACCCUCUGUUUAUACAUCAGAGAAAACCCAAAUAGAACUACCAUUUGAUAUCAG